AUGUAUAGUGAUUUAUAAUCAAUUUAAGAAUAAAUUAAAAAUGUUAACAUCAAUAAAACUUUGCAGAAGAGUUUUAAAUUAAUUUUCCUUUCGCCUUCAGAGUCAAGAUAAAUAAGAAAUUUGAUAGAAGAAAACAACUAUAUUCUUAAAUUAGACUUAGAUUUCGCAGGAUGUUAAUUAGGUGAUUAAAAAUUAUAAAUAUUAUGUUAAGGUAUUGAGCAGUGUGUUAGUCUAAAAAUAUUAAAACUGAAUUUAAAAUCAUGCUCAUUAAGUUAAAUUGGUGCAGAAUACCUGCAAAAUACUCUAUGUUUACUGGAGAAGCUUACAAUUAUUGAAUUAAAUUUGGAAGAAAAUGAAAUUGAAGAUAAAUCAAUUUAAUGUAUUUUUAGUUCAUUCACAGAGAUGACUAAUCUUCAGAAAAUUAAUAUAUCUGUUAAAUAAAAUAAAAUUAGUUCAGAAGGACUCAAAUCAAUGGCUCUUUAGUUAGAUAAAUGCAAACAGCUCUAAAAUAUCAUUUUGAAUUAUGGUUAUAAUAAAAUAGAUGAAACAGGAACUCAAUAUUUGAUUUCGAGAUUAUCAUCUCUUUCAAAACUAAGGAAUCUUUAGCUAAUAAUGAGAAAAACAAAAUUCUCUAAAGAUAUGAACAAUAUAUUUAUUAGUGAUGUUGGGACAUUACUUAAUUUAGAGCAAUUAACCAUAGAUUUUGGGUUGAAUAAUUUAGAAAGCUUAGAUAUUUCUAGGUUAUGUCAAAAUAUGAAAAAUUUAUCAAAUUUAUAAUACCUAGAUCUGUCUUUUUAUUCUAAUAAUAUAGGCGAACAAGCUUUACUGGAUUUAAAAAUAAUUAUUGCUAAUUAUAAAAAAAUAAAAGAAAUCAAGUUAAACUUAAGAUAAACUUAGAUCACAAUUUAAUCGGUGACAUAAUUGAUAUUUGGCAUUUAAUAGCUAAAUGAAUUAAAUAAAUUAUCUAUUGAUAUCAGUGAAAAUUAUAAUAUGGGCUAAAUAGGAGGAAUUAAAGACUUUGGUAAUCAACUUUCAAAGCUUCAAAAUAUGGAAAAUCUAAAUAUUGAUUUAUCAUGGAAUAACUUAGGAGUUUUGGGUGCUUAAUAUAUUGUAGAAGAUAUCAAAUAUUGUUAAAAAUUAAAUCACCUAACAUUAAAUUUAAGUAAUAAUGGUAUAGCUUCUAUUGGGAUAUGGAAUUUUUGCAACCAAUUAUCGUCUCUAAACAAAAUUGUUAAUCUAAAAUUACUAUUAUCUAAUAAUUUAAUAGACUAAAAAGGAGCUAAAGAUAUUACAAAGGCACUUGGAAAUAUGAAAAAUCUUUUAUUUAUAUGCUUGGAAUUAAAGAGCAAUUAAAUAAAAUCUAUUGGUGCUAGGGAUUUAUUUUACGAAUUGACUAAUCUUUCUCACAUAAAAUCUAUAAAUAUGAACUUAGAAGAUAAUUAAAUAACAAAUGAAGAGCAAAUCAUAAAUGAACCAUUAAAAAAUUUAAAAAAGCUCUAACGUUUACUAGAUAUCUCUAUAAAUUUAAAAAAUAAUAAGAUAAAAAGACCAAAUUAAGCUAAUCUGAAGUCUUUUCAUAAAAUUAAAAGAAUGGUUAAAAUAAAUAUAAUUUAUUGA